AUGUCGUUGAAGCUGACCCGGGGCGCUUGGGCAUCCGCGCUGGCGUGUGUCAGCGAAGCUCCGGAGGCCUUGGAGGGCAUCUUCUUUGGGUUCCCAGGUGGCCCCUGCAUCAGCUUCCGCCUCUUGGGCUGUGCCGGCGCGGGUGUCGACGCAACCGAGACGCGCCUCUCCGCGGCGGCCAAGGCGCUUGUGGCAGAGAAGAAGGCGUUGGGCGAAAGGCCCAUGGCCUGGGCCUCGCUCCAGCGCUCCAAGCAGGCCAAGGAAUCGGUGAGGCGCCUGCAUGAGGCCUUCAGCAAAGAGCUGCAGGGUUCUGAGGAGGUCGCUGUAGGUUGCCUGAUCAUUUGCCCGCGUGGCCAGCAAGCCCAAUUGGUGCAACAUGCUGUUGCAGUGGCGGGCCCCGACCUGCAGCCCAUCCAGCUCUUGCUUGCAGCUGAUCCGCCAAAGCCAAAGCAGCAGGCUCCAGGCUUGCCCGCCGGCGGAAAGCUGCAAGAGGCGCUGAAGAGGUGUGAGCCAGGCCUGCGGAAGGCCGGGGAUUUGCUGGAGCAAGCCGUCACAGACGCCUUGGAGGAGCUCCAGGGCAGCCCACGGGGCGUGAAGCGCUUCUUCCAGGAGCGCGCCGCUGCCGGCAAAUUUGCCCGGACGAAUGAUGCUGAGAAAGCGCCAGGGCAAAGAUCGCACGAGCAGUUUCUGGAGGAGGAGAAUGCUGCGCUGAGCAAGCAGAACCUUCAACUGCAGAAGGAACUGGACGAGGCCUUGCGCCAGCUGGAGUCCUUGAAGAGCAAGAUGACCGCCGAUCGUUUGAGAAGUCGGCUGGUCCUGGAAGCCUGUGCCAAGCGAUGA